UCUCGCCCCGCCCCACCUCGCGCGCGCCUCUCGCGCAGGCGCUAUUGGUCUCAACGGUCCUGCGGGUCUCGGCCCCUUGACCCUGGCCCAGCGCGGAGCCGGGCGGGGGAUGGCGGGAGAGAGACAGGAGCUCCCGGCGGGGCGAGGGAAAGAUGAAAGACUUACUGAGAAGAAUUUUGCUCUAGAAAAGUUAGAGAUCCCCAAAGAGAAAAACAGAUAUGAACAAGAACAAACUGAGAUUCUAACUGUGGCUAUGGAAAAUCAGACACUGUUUGGUGGAAUUUCAAGUACAGAAGAUGGAUUUAUCACUGAAAUGUUUAAUCAAAAUAGUCCGUUUAGUUCUGAAAACCUCAACUUGGAAAACAAUGAAGUUAAUAAACCUGGGGAAGAAGGGUUUCACUCCAGUCAAGACCAUGAUUUAUGUGCUAUGGCUGUUGGAGACCCUUUGCUUGAUCAAUUCAAAUACCCUCUUACUAUUGAAAGUCAAAAUACAAUAUUCAAGGCCAAAAUACAGCCACUUGUUGAAGACAAUCCUGAUAAUGAAAUCCUUGAAAAAUAUCAGAAGCUACAAGACUUAAAGUCUUCAGAAGACGCUAAACAUACAUACUCAUCUUAUCCACUGCCACAUUCAUAUAAUGUCCAUUUUCUAUCUUCCCUAAUGAUGCAGCACAAAAAUUCUAAUAUUUUAUCAUUAAGUACCUGCCCUCCAGAAGGAACAAUCAAUCAAAAUGUCAGACUGAUACCAGUAUUCAGACCACUAUUUGAUCCAGUUACUGGUGGGAAUAAUUGUAUUUGUUAUGACCAAUUCAAAGGAAUGCUGAAUAGUUGCGCACAGUCACAAGCCUUGCCAGGUAGCUCAGAUGAACCUUGCAGUGAUGUCAGCAUUUUACCUCAGACUAAUGCUCCUGACUGUGAUGAACUUGCAGAGAUGGGAGAGGCAAUUGUUAGUAAUAUGGCUAAUAAUCAAGAGGAAGCAGUUUUUCAGAAUUCAAAUUCAGGAGAAAGCAAUUGCAAGUUACUAACAGUACAAAAUGUAAUGGAGGAGCCCAGCUGUUCACACAGAAAAGAUUCCAAUCCAGUGGUAAUCUGCCAGUUGAAAGGAGGAACUCAAGUACUCUGUAUAAACAGCUCUGGUACAAGAGAAUUAAAAACAGUUCAUCUCGUUCCCCAAUAUCAAAACCAACAUAGUUAUCUUCAGUCAGAUGUGACUAAUCCUAUGACAACUGUGCUGGGACAAUAUUUUCCAGUUCCAGGUAAAGUGGAUCUCAAUGAACAACAGCUUGAUAAAGGAGCUUUACAAUCAGUAGCUAGCAGUGCCACAUUCCAAUCAGAAGUAAAUCUUCAAGGGCCAACAAAAACAACUUUAGUUGGAUUGCCUCUUAGUUCAUGGGAUACAAAGUCUAAAAAACCAUGUAACUGUACCAAAUCUCAAUGUUUGAAAUUAUACUGUGAUUGCUUUGCCAAUGGUGAUUUUUGCAACAACUGCAACUGCAAUAAUUGUUACAACAAUCCAUUUCAUGAAACUGAGCGCUUUAAAGCUAUUAAGGCUUGUCUUGAUAGAAACCCAGAAGCUUUCCUACCAAAGAUUGGGAAAGGGAAACUAGGAGAUAUUAAACCUCGCCACAACAAAGGAUGUAAUUGCAAGCGCUCAGGGUGUCUUAAGAAUUAUUGUGAGUGCUUUGAGGGUAAAAUUAUGUGUUCCUCUAUUUGUAAAUGCAUUGGUUGCAAAAAUUAUGAAGAAAGCCCAGAUAGAAAAACACUAAUGAACAUGCCAGACUACACAGAGAUUAGAAAUAAUGAAGGAAACUUCCCUAUUUCAACAUCUACAUUUGAAAUGUUAUCAAAAUCUAGAAGAGACAGGCAACCCACUACAUGUAUAUCCUGGGAAGUGGUUGAAGCAACAUGUGCUUGUCUCCUGGCACAAGCUGAAGAGGCAGAAAAAGAAGCUUAUUCUGUCUGUCUAGCAGAACAAAUGAUCUUGGAAGAGUUCGGGAGAUGUUUAUCACAGAUUCUACAUUCAGAAUUUAAGUCAAAAGGGCUGAAAGUUGAGUAAUGUAAAAUGAAUGCGUUCCAAUAUUAAUGAAUGUUGCGCAUCACUGUAUCAAUAAUAUUACUCAGUGGCCUGAUUUUAAUCACAUUGGCUUAACUUCAGUUUACUUAAACUCAGUUGAUUCUGAAUUACAUGGUUCAAGUAAGACCAGAAUCAGGACCUAAAUAUUUAAGAGUCACCGAGAAUAUUUUACUUAUGUUAAAGAGUUUACCAUAAAAUAACAUUGUUAGUUUAGGUCAAAUUUUAAAGUCUUUACCCAAACAAAGGUGUCAUUGAAAUCCAAAUAAUUUACAUGACUUUGAGAGGCGUUAACCUAAGGGAGGCAUUGAAGUCAAUGAUUUUUGGAUUAAGCCCCUAAGAGUUAAGCCUUUUAGUAUUAUUAGUAAAAUCAGAAGAGUAGAGAGCUAUCUUGUAACUUGUAAUAAUAUUAUAACUUGCAAUAUACAUCUUCUAGCAUUUUCUCCACUUUUCUGAUUUGGGGGGGAAAUUAAAUAAAUAUUUAAACCAAAAUUUUUAGAUAUGGCCUUCAUUUUUGCAGCUGCAAUUUUGCUCUCACACAUCUGGUCAUUAGAUGUGAUUAAUUGCUACUUAUAUGUGCAGUCCACUACAAGUGCUCCAAAAUACCUGGAGAAAUGGAUAGAGGCUCAGCUGAGAAACAGAGCUCCAAAAUUUUCUCUAGACCCUAUCCCCACACUUGCUCUUUCAAUUACAAUAAAUAGAGCUACACUAUUUUAAAAGUAUUAAAAAUUCAUUAUCCAUUUUGUGAGAGUUAUGUGAAUAUUUGGUUUUUGUCCAUAUAUAUUGUACAUAUCAAUAUUCAGUUUACCUGCAGAUAACUGAUCUCUGUAUUUUGAAGGUCUAUCUUUAUUCACACAAUAAUUAUUUGAUCAAUUCAUUUCCAAGUUGUGUAUAUUAUCACAAAUACUAAUGUUCUAAAAACAUUUCUACACUGCUCUGUACUGGAGUUAGACAUGACAGAGCAGUGUUUUUAUUUCAUUUGUUCUUUGUAUUCUUCCACUGUGUCCCUGAUCCAGCAAAUCAAUUAAGUACAUGCUUAAAUUUAAUCACCUGGGUAAUACCAUCACCUUCAACAAAGUUUAUUCACGUGAAUAAAAUUAACCAUGCUAAGUGCUUUGCUGGAUGGAAACCUAAAUCUUCUUUCCAGGCAUUUCAGCUGUCAUUUUUAUUUAAUAAAACUUUGUUGUGAACCAUAUGUACAAAAAAACCAAAUAAAUGCAAUGUAUGCUU